UAAAUUUUAGACAUUAUAUAGAGAAUAUAAUUAUAAAGAAAAAUAAUUCCAGAGAAACGAUUUUCCGGCAAUAUGGUUAUAUUAACAACGUUUAACGCCAACUGGGAAAUGCUAAUAGCCUCUAACCAUGUAAAUUUUACCGUGCUGAUGUUUCUUUUCAUGGUUUGCGCAUUUGAAGUGGUCUUGUGGAAGCUAACUCUUACUGGUCUUAGUAGAGUCGAUGUAUUCGGACGCAGUGAAGCUAACGAUAACAAUGUGAGUGAAUAUGAAGAGGACAUCUACUAUGGAGAUUUACGUAAUAAUUACGAACGAUGGACACGAAGACAGACAUACUAUCGACACCAAGUGUGGCGUCUAGAACAGGAAAGAUUAACCCAAUUCCGGGUGCAACUACAACAUCGAAGGCAGCUUGAAAGGGUCAUUUGCUAACGGCGUAAAUAACAUGUAGUUGUGGAAGGGAAAGUAUCAAAAUAUUAAGCAUUUUAUACGUAUACAGUGGAAACUCUAUGGAACGGUAUUCAAGGGACCGCAAAUUUUUUUACGUUAUAAGGAGUUUUUAUUAUACGGGGAGAAGACGUAUAACGGAAUAUUGGAGGAAAAUUGGAGGAUAUGGCAUUAGAGGACAUCCUCGCGGUUUUGAGUCAAUUACUGCAUUUAAAGUUAAGUCUAUUCCUUUAC